ACUUGAUAAAACGCCUGCGAGUCUCCAGAGAACAACGGGCUCUUUCAGCUGUUCCAGAGCGGGCUACGAGGGGGAGAGGCUGGACAGGGAGUACUGCUAGCCCCGGGGGGUGGGGCAGGGGAGCUGAGCCGGGGAAGGAGAAGGUGGUAGUGGUGGCAGCAGCGCCAGCGGCAGGAGCAGCAGCAGCACCGGCGGGAGCAGCAGGUCCCUUUCUCCUUUCCCUUCCCCGCCCCGCCGUAAUUGCCGAUGGCGGCUGCCGGGCAGCCGGAGCUCCUCUUCUACCUGUCGGCGUGUCUGCUGCUCCAUCUCUGCUCCGCCUUUAACUUGGACACCCGGGAGGAAAACGUGAUCCGCAAGACCGGGGAGCCCGAGAGCCUCUUCGGAUUCUCCCUGGCUAUGCACUGGCAGCUGCAGCCGCAGGACAAGAGGCUGUUGUUGGUAGGGGCCCCUCGAGCCAAAGCUUUUCCGCUACAGAAAGCCAACCGGACAGGAGGCCUGUACAGCUGUGACAUCACAUCCCAGGAACCUUGCCAACGCAUUGAAUUUGAUAACGAUGCUGACCCUAGUUCCGAGAGUAAAGAAGACCAGUGGAUGGGUGUCACUGUCCAGAGUCAGGGACCAGGGGGAAAGGUGGUGACGUGUGCCCAUCGGUAUGAGAGAAGGCAGCAUGUUAACACCAAGCAGGAAUCGAGGGACAUAAUUGGGAGGUGCUAUGUGUUGAGUCAGUCUCUUACCAUUGAAGAUGACAUGGAUGGAGGAGAUUGGAGUUUUUGUGAUGGCCGUUUGAGAGGCCAUGAGAAAUUUGGCUCCUGUCAGCAAGGUGUAUCUGCAACUUUUACUAAAGAUUUCCAUUACAUUGUUUUUGGAGCCCCGGGCACUUAUAAUUGGAAAGGAAUUGUUCGUGCAGAGCAAAAGAAUAACACUUUUUUUGACAUGAAUAUCUUUGAAGAUGGGCCAUAUGAAGUUGGUGGUGAGACUGACCAUGAUGAGAGUCUAGUUCCUGUUCCGGCUAACAGUUAUUUAGGUUUUUCACUGGACUCAGGAAAAAGUAUUAUCUCUAAAGAUGAUAUCACUUUUGUGUCUGGUGCACCAAGAGCCAACCAUAGUGGAGCUGUGGUUCUCCUAAAGAGAGACAUGAAAUCUGCACAUCUUUUUACUGAGCAUAUGUUUGAAGGAGAAGGGCUGGCCUCUUCAUUUGGCUAUGAUGUGGCAGUAGUGGACCUCAACAAAGAUGGCUGGCAGGAUAUAGUUAUUGGAGCACCACAGUAUUUUGAUAGAGAUGGAGAAGUUGGAGGUGCUGUGUAUGUCUACAUUAAUCAACAAGGCAAAUGGAAUAAUGUCAAGCCAAUUCGUCUUAAUGGAACCAAAGAUUCUAUGUUUGGCAUUGCAGUGGAAAACAUCGGUGAUGUUAAUCAAGAUGGAUACCCAGAUAUUGCAGUUGGAGCACCUUAUGAUGAUUUCGGGAAGGUUUUUAUCUAUCAUGGCUCUCCAAGUGGAAUAAAUACGAAACCAACACAGGUUCUUGAGGGUAAAUCUCGAUACUUUGGCUACUCAAUUGCUGGAAAUAUGGACCUUGAUAAGAAUUCCUAUCCUGAUGUUGCUGUUGGUUCACUCUCAGAUUCAGUGUCAAUUUUCAGAUCUCGACCUGUGAUCAACAUCGUGAAAACAAUCACAGUAACACCAAACAGAAUUGAUCUGAGACAGAAAAUGGCCUGCGAUGCACCUAGUGGCAUAUGCCUGAAGGUCAAGGCCUGUUUUGAAUACACUGCCAAGCCCAGUAAUUACAAUCCUGCAAUAUCAAUUGUGGGCACCCUUGAAGCUGAAAGUCAGAGGAGGAAAUCCGGAUUAUCAUCAAGAGUUCAUUUUCCAAAUCAAGCUUCCGAACCUAAAUCUUCUCAUGCUUUGACUCUGAAAGGGCAGAAGCAAAAAAUGUGCAUGGAUAGAACACUUUGGCUGCAGGAGAACAUCAGAGAUAAACUACGUCCCAUUCCCAUAACAGCUUCAGUGGAAAUCCAAGAACCAAGUUCACGGAGGAGAGUGAAUUCACUUCCAGAACUUCUUCCAAUUCUGAAUUCAAAUGAACCCAAAACGGUGACCUCAGAGGUUCAGUUCCUAAAAGAGGGAUGCGGAAAUGACAACAUCUGUAACAGCAAUCUGAAAUUAGAGUACAGAUUUUGUACGCGAGAUGGCAACCAAGACAAAUUUUCUUAUUUGCCAAUUCACAAUGGCGUUCCAGAGCUUGUCCUCAAAGACCAGAAGGAUAUCGCUUUAGAAAUAACAGUGACAAAUAGCCCAUCUGAUCCCAGGAAUCCUGCAAAAGAUGGGGACGAUGCCCACGAAGCCAAACUCAUUGCAACUUUUCCUGACACCUUAACUUAUUCUGCCUACAGAGAGCUGAGGGCUUAUCCUGAAAAACAGUUGAGUUGUGCAGCCAAUGUAAAUGGUUCCCAAGUGGACUGUGAACUUGGAAAUCCCUUUAAGAGAAAUUCUAGUGUUACUUUUUAUUUGAUUUUAAGUACCACAGAAGUCACCUUCGAUACCACAGACCUGGACGUGAAUCUGAAGUUGGAAACAACAAGCAAUCAAGAUAAUUUGGCUUCAAUUACAGCUAAAGCUAAAGUGGUUAUUGAACUGCUUUUGUCGGUCUCUGGAGUUGCUAAACCUUCCCAGGUGUACUUUGGAGGUACUGUUGUUGGUGAGCGAGCUAUGAAAUCUGAAGAUGAGAUUGGAAACUUAAUAGAAUAUGAAUUCAGGGUAAUUAAUUUAGGCAAACCUCUUAAAAAUCUUGGCACAGCAUCUCUAAACAUUCAGUGGCCCAAAGAAAUUAGCAACGGCAAAUGGCUGCUUUAUUUGAUGAAAAUAGAAUCCAAAGGAUUGGAACAAAUAAACUGUGAGCCACAAGCUGAAAUUAACUCUCUGGGACUAAGGGAAUCUCCUCACAACUCAAGAAAGAAGCGAGAAAUAGCCGAGAAGCAGACAGAUGAUGGCAGAAAGUUUUCUUUAUUUGCAGAAAGAAAAUAUCAGACACUUAAUUGUAGCACAAAUGUUAACUGUGUGAACAUAAAAUGUCCCCUACACGGUUUGGACAGCAAGGCUUCUGUUAUAUUACGGUCAAGGCUGUGGAACGGUACAUUCCUAGAGGAAUAUUCCAAGCUGAACUACUUAGAUAUUCUUCUUCAGGCUUCCAUUAAUGUUACUGCCGCUGCAGAGAAUAUUAAGGUCCCAAAUGCAGGCACUCAAGUCCGUGUUACAGUAUUUCCUUCAAAGACAGUCGCGCAGUAUUCUGGAGUGCCUUGGUGGAUCAUCCUUGUGGCUAUCCUUGCUGGAAUUUUGAUGCUUGCUCUCUUAGUCUUUUUACUAUGGAAGUGUGGUUUCUUCAAGAGAAAUAAGAAAGAUCAUUAUGAUGCCACAUAUCACAAGGCUGAGAUCCAUGCUCAGCCAUCUGAUAAAGAGAGGCUUACUUCUGAUGCAUAGUAUUGAGCUACUUCUGUAAUUGUGUGGAUUCUUUAAGCGCUCCAGGUACGAUGACAGCGUUCCCCGAUACCAUGCUGUAAGAAUCCGGAAAGAGGAACGACAGAUCAAAGAUGAGAAAUAUAAUGAUGGCCUGGAAAAAAAACAGUGGAUCACAAAAUGGAAUGAAGAUGAAAGCUAUUCCUAGGGGGAAAAAACAGCACACUCUCCAGACUGUUCUCUUGCUUUCCAACUCAGAAAUUUAAAUGGAUUUUAAAAGUUCCUUCACUAACUGAGGAUUGGUUUCAGACUUACUACAGACAGUAUGGACCUACAGUUUUAAACUGUGGAUAUUGUUACAUAUCCCAAGGCUUUUAUUUUGCACAACUAAAUUUGAGACCGAUGGAACUGAUUUUUUUUAAACUACCUUAAUUUAAAUUUCCAGAUUACCUUUCAUUUUGGUGUGGCUGACCCAUUAUGAGAAAGGAUAUGUUGAGUUGUACCUCCUGUGAAAUCUUCCCAUUAGUAUAUUAGAAAGAAAGCCACCAUCAUCAGUCAUGCCGAUAUCUACUGGCACGUAGUAAGUUUCAUAAUUCUAGCAUUGCCUUUCCAAAUGUUUCUUCCACUAAAAUUGGAGAACUUUAAAUCGACAAUGGUUUAAACUAAAGUACUGUCUUGAAGUAAAUGUGCAAUAGAAGGUGAUGCUGCCAUCCCGCCAUCUUGUUUUUAACCUCAGAUUUGUGUGAAUACUGCUCACACCAAAAUACACAGGUUAUCAUCCUCUGACUAACACACACACACACACACACACACACACACACACACACAACAGGCUUGAAUACUAGUUAUAUUUUUUGUAUAUAUUUUAGCCCUGGUAUUUAUUUUUCUCAUAAAUUGUUUUGCCUUUCACUAACACAUAGGCCAAAGACUAUCCAAUUUACCUUUCUUUGAUUGGUUUAGGUGAUCACAGAGUUAGUACAUAGGUGGUUAGUGGUUUUGACCUAAAUCUUUCACUGCAAAAAGAAAAUAAUAACUCUUUAUAAAUAUACCAGAGAUAUUUUUUUAAUAACUUAAAACUUAACUUUAUAUUGUAGCAUCUUCCCCUCGUCUCUCUUCCCACUCUCAUUCUUCCUAAACUCCAUCUAGAUUUGGGUUUGGUUAAGAGAUAGGAUUUAACUCUAAGAUUAUUUUGUCCUUACUGAACAGUCAGAAUCCUUUUUUCUUUUUUUUUUUUUUGCCUUUUCUUUCUCUUUUCUUUUCUUUUUUUUUUUUUGGUUUGGAGGCAUUUUGUUUGCCCUCCAGCAACUAUUCUCAGAACAUCACACACAUGCUUUAAGAAAGCCUUGGAGGAAAUGGACUUGUUUGUCCCCAUUCCUCACUCCUCCAGAUGCUCUCUAUUAAUAGCACUUGGAAAAAGGCUAAGUGCCUAUGGAUCUGAACUGAUCCUAUUUGAGACUACUGAACGAUGCUCUAAUGUCAAAACAGUGAUUUUAUUUUUCAGACAUGAUAGUGUGACUUUUAAUUUUUUGGUUACUAUUAGAGCCAUCAAGAGAGUGCAUUUAUGUUUUUUCUCCAACCUAUGUUCCCUGAGUGACUUUGUGAUUAUUAAAAUAAGAACUUUACAAUGCCUUCAAAUUGCUUUUUGCAUCUGCUGACAUAAGGCAAUUGCUGUGUUACAUACAUUGAUUAUAUCUUGAAUAGAAACGGGCAUCAUAAAAAAGUUUAUUUUAACUAUCAUGUUCCAAAAUGUUAAGUUAUAUGGGGAGGGAAAGGAGGAAGGUGCUAAUGAGUUUGAAACUAGUAUAAGAAAUUUCCUAAAGUACAAAAUACUAUUAUGUGUACUUUCAUUGGUUUGGGCUAUUUUUUUCCUUUUCGGGAACUGUGCGCCCUUAAAAUUCUUACGCAUUUCGAAAGUCCUUAUUCAUAGAGACAUUUACACAAAUUGUAUUUUGUUUACAAUUUUAGUCUCAAAAAACAAGGUAGCAUCAGUGUUUAAAAAUUCAGUUUCUUGCCUGGAUAACUCAAGAUCCCAAUGUACUGGCUUUAUAAGCUGCUAAGAGGCUGCUUAUGUUGGCAGUGUUCGUAGACCUUUGUUUUAAAAAAUGAAUGUCCUGAAGUCGGUGUAGUUUUCAACAACACAAAAAGCAAGAAUGUUGUUGCAGUGUUAAAUUUAGAAUUGUUAAAAAUGUCAUCUCAAGUCAAGUCACUGGUCUGUUUGCAUUUGAUAAAUUUUUAUACUAACUAACGUUGUGAAAUCAUUCCUCGAUGAGAACGUACCUGUGGAUAUUUGUAUAAAAGUGUGAAAUAAAAUUUUUUUAUGAAAGUG